AAUUACAGCUGCUGGGGAAAGAAAGCCAGGAACACUGAAACCAAGGAAGGCUGGGGUACAUCUGAACCUGCUGCUGAUUCCUCCUUACCAGCAGGAAUUUUAAAAAAGCUCAAAGUGGAAGCAAAAUGACUGAAAAAGAUCUCUCCUGUCCCAUCUGCUACGACAUCUAUAGAGACCCUGUCGUCCUCUCAUGCAGCCACAGCUUCUGUAAAGACUGUCUGCAGCUGUGGUGGAGAGAGAUAAAAAUAAAAACCUGCCCAAUAUGCAAGACGAUUCCUUUAUUGAACAAUCCACCCCGUAACUUGGUGUUAAAGAACCUCUGUGAGGCCUUCUUAAUGAAGAGAGUUCAAAAACCUUCACAGUCGGAGUCUCUCUGCAGUCUGCACUCUGAGAAACUCAAACUCUUCUGCCUGCACGAUCAACAGCCAGCAUGUCUCAUCUGUCGAGACUCAAAAGUGCACAACGAUCACGGAUUCAGACCCAUUGAUGAAGCAGCACAGGAUUACAGAAAGGAGCUCCAGGAAUUAUUGAAGCCCUUACAGAAGAAACUGAAAGUAUUUGAACAGGUUAAAGAAAAUUACAAUCAAACAGCACUCCAAAGUAAGAUCCAGGCCUUUUACACAGAAUGGCAGAUUAAGAAGCAGUUUAAGAAACUUCACACAUUUCUAAAAAAGGAAGAGGAGGCCAGGCUGGCUGCUCUGAGGGCGGAGAAGAAGCAGAAAUGCAAGAUAAUAAAGGAGAAGAUUGGGGCCCUGAGCAGAGAGAUAGAAACUCUUUCAGAAACAAUCAGAGCCACAGAGGAGGAACUGAGAGCUGAAGAUGUCUCAUUUCUGCACAACUACAAUGCUGCACUGAAAAGAAUCCAGCAGCGCCCCCUGCUGGAUGAUCCACAGGUGGUCUCUAGAGCUCUGAUAGAUGUGGCCAAACACCUGGGCAACCUGACCUACAACAUCUGGAACAGAAUGAGGGAGGUGGUCUCCUACACUCCUGUGAUUCUGGAUCCAAACUCAGCUCAUCCACAACUCAUCAUGUCUGAAGAUCUGACCAGUGUGAGUGUGGGACUGAGAAAGCAGCUUCCUGACAACCCAGAGAGGAUAGAAAACUAUUUUGUCAUCUUGGGCUCUGAGGGGUUCGAUUCGGGGAUUAACAGCUGGGAUGUUGAGGUUAGAAAUGAAGGAGUCUGGUGUCUCGGUGUACUAAAGGAAUCUGUUCAAAGAAAGGGACAUAUACACACUGGAUACUGGGAACUAUGUCACCAGGAUGGAAAAUACACAGCAUCCUCUCCACCGCUUCCAGAUAAAGUUCUCUCAGUGAAGAAGCUCCAAAGACUCCGAGUUCAGCUGGACUGGGACAGGAGGAAGCUCUCGUUUUUUGAUCUGGACACCAACGCACACAUACACACCUUCAAACACACUUUCACUGAGAAGCUUUUUCCAUACAUUGGCACCAAGACUCUGCCAGUGAAAAUAUUACCAGUGAUGGUCAGUGUAGAAAAACACAGGGUUCCAUUAUCAGUGAAGUGUUCACCUCUUUCUAAACUCGGUCUGAUUUAAUCAAAGCAACUGAGAAAUAAACGUUCUUAUAAUGAAACGAAGCAAUCUUGUAUUCAGUCUUCUGGAAGUCUUCAGUGUUACUGUAAUAAUUUGUAUUAUCACAAAGUCUUUACUUUACAAUGCUUCUGAGGCGACUGUGUUUGUG